CGCGGAGUUUUGAGUUUGAGUUUUGUUUAUGGCCUUGAGGUUGAGGAAUAAGACCAGGGGAAAAAGAGAUGGAGAAUGAGAUGGAGAAUGAGAUGGGGGAUAUGUCUAUCUGUGUAGAUAUCCUUGGCUGGUAUCAAGAUGCGUUGCGAUGUGGUGAUUUGCGAAUGCAAGAAUCAAUGAAUGAGCGUUUUACUGAUUCGAGUUUUCUUUUACGAGCGCCUUUGAGAUGUGAUGAAUUCUUUGUUUAUACAUUAAUGUUAAAAAUCUAGUGAAGUCGAAUGAAAAUGCUCUUAAGAAAUUGGAAUUCAACUCAGGAGUACAAUAAUUCUCAUCUACCGAAUUUGACAGGAGGCACACGAUACUCAGAAUAUUCACUCUUGUACUCUCCAAGCAACCUGUACCAGCUCAACGAAGAUAUUCAUCACUCCUUAUCACUCACGAAUCACAAACAGGCGUCUUAUCCAGUACCCAUACCUCACCAUCCCAAUAAAAGACAGCGAUCACAGACCGGAGACUCUCCCGACUCAGGACUAUCGAUAUUCGAAAUCCCAUUGUUGUCUGAUCUACAGUACCGAAAGAAAUAUCUCGGUCUUGGCAUCCGAGUUAAGCAUAGAAGUCUCGAUGACCUCAUCGUGAGACCGAUGAGUGAUGAGCGGACUCGGAUUGCGCGAGUUCAAGAUGAGAAGAUCAAACAUGGUCUUAUCGGUCUCAUCUCUAUCUCUAUUCUUAAAAUAGACCUCACUCGGUGAGGUUAGGAGACUUUCUUCCGAGAUGAAAGGAGGUUGCAAGGUGAUACAAACGCCACAAAAGUGAGACUGAUCACCUGGAGAGCAAAGAAUGCCUUGCAUGCCUGAGGAGGGGUAGUGG